GAGUCCUGCAGCCGCUGCCAGCAGGCACUCGGCUCCUUCUUCGAUCACCAUUGCCCGAAAUGCUCGCAAGCUGUAUGUGUCAACUGCAUUAUGGCUCUUAACAACCAGACUUUCCGUUGCGGCUGUGGAGAUGAAACGAAUCAGUGUAUGAUCGCCCGCACACAGUGGAUGCUCGGGGCGUGUCAUUCGGCAAUGAAGGCUUUUGACUUCGUCAUCGGCACAAAUAUUGCUGGGGCAUCCCACGCUGUAGCCACUGUUACCCCUGAAAGCUACACUGCCCUGCCGGAGCCCUGGGCACAUUUUUCGACAAAAGAGAUGCCUUCACACGCGGCACCUCUGCCAUCGUCAUUGCCGUCUAUCUUGGACCAUCGACGUAAUGUUUCCCAAUCCACAGAAGUGUUCAAGACGUAUCUGCCUGGGGAGAUUCCCUGCAGCCCGAUGGCCCGAUGA